CUAGCCUCGGCCCGGGAAGUCCCUGUCCUUACCUUCAGCGGGAGCCCGCGCCUCCGUGUCAGCGCCCGUCCGCCGCCGCCCGCGCCGCUCCGCAGCUGCCCACUGCCCUCCCGCCGCCCACCAUGGCCCUGCUGCACUCCGGCCGCGUCUUGGCUGGCGUCGCCACCGCCUUCCACCCUGGCCUAGCCGCCGCGGCGUCUGCCAGAGCCAGCUCCUGGUGGACCCAUGUGGAGAUGGGGCCCCCAGACCCCAUCCUGGGAGUCACAGAAGCCUUUAAGAGAGACAGCAACAGCAAGAAGAUGAACCUGGGCGUCGGUGCCUACCGGGAUGACAAUGGGAAGCCCUACGUGCUCCCUAGUGUCCGGAAGGCAGAGGCCCAGAUCGCGGCCAAAAAUUUGGACAAAGAAUACCUGCCCAUCGGAGGCCUGGCCGACUUCUGUAAAGCGUCUGCAGAGCUGGCCCUGGGCGAGAACAACGAAGUGUUGAAAAGUGGCCGGUAUGUCACCGUGCAGACCAUUUCUGGGACCGGGGCCUUACGGAUUGGAGCCAGCUUCCUGCAACGGUUUUUUAAGUUCAGCCGAGAUGUCUUCCUGCCCAAGCCGUCGUGGGGCAAUCACACCCCCAUCUUCAGGGACGCCGGCAUGCAGCUCCAUGGGUACCGCUACUACGAGCCCAAGACGUGCGGCUUUGACUUCACGGGGGCUCUCGAGGACAUCUCGAAAAUGCCGCAGCAGAGUGUUCUCCUCCUGCAUGCCUGUGCCCACAACCCCACGGGCGUGGACCCUCGUCCCGAGCAGUGGAAGGAGAUCGCAACAGUGGUGAAGAAAAACAAUCUCUUUGCCUUCUUCGACAUGGCCUACCAAGGCUUUGCCAGCGGUGACGGGAACAAGGAUGCCUGGGCCGUGCGCCACUUCAUCGAGCAGGGCAUCAACGUUUGUCUCUGCCAGUCCUAUGCCAAGAACAUGGGCUUGUACGGGGAACGCGUGGGGGCCUUCACGGUGGUCUGCAAAGACGCUGACGAAGCCAAGCGGGUGGAGUCACAGUUGAAGAUCUUGAUCCGUCCCAUGUAUUCCAACCCACCCGUCAACGGGGCCCGGAUCGCUGCCACCAUCCUCAACACCCCUGACCUGCGAAAGCAAUGGCUGCAGGAGGUGAAGGGCAUGGCCGACCGCAUCAUUAGUAUGCGGACUCAGCUGGUUUCCAACCUCAAGAAGGAGGGCUCAUCCCACAACUGGCAGCACAUCACUGACCAGAUCGGCAUGUUCUGCUUCACGGGGCUGAAGCCGGAGCAGGUGGAACGGCUGACCAAGGAGUUCUCCGUCUACAUGACGAAAGACGGCCGCAUCUCUGUGGCGGGGGUCACCUCCGGAAAUGUGGGCUACCUUGCCCACGCCAUUCACCAGGUCACCAAGUAACGUCCUUCUCAGAGGGAAGAGGGUCUGGCCUCUGCCGCCCUGAGAGCCCCCCACGAGAAGAGAGGCGGCGGCCAGCGGCUCCUCUCCUCCAACCACAGAGCUUAGCACUCAGCGCUUGGAUGUGUAUCUCAGAAAAGAACUUGUAGUUGAACAGGGCAGAGGCGUCCAUGGCUGGGGUCUGGACCUCUGUGGCGCUAAACCAAACUCUUCCCUCGUCCUCUGAUCUCCAGCUUUUCCGAAGGAGUUUACAUGUACGAGAAAGUCCUAAGUCUCCCCCCAUCCUCACCCCAGGAAAGAAACCCAAUCAAUCAACCAUUGCAAUAUUUCAGAAGCUUUAACUGCAAACACCUUGUGGUGCUGGGGGCCUCUCGGCGGGCCCAGAGUGAGAACUAGCUCGUAGCAGAGGCGUGGCCAGAAGACCUAGCCUGACACUAACCGCCAGCCUCCUGUCUGUUCUCUGUGAUUAAGCAACCUUAUCAGUAGAGCUUAUUACAGAAAUCGUGUUUUUCUGAAAAUCAGUGCUUUGCUGCACCCCCGCAGCAAGGAAAUUACAAGAUUUGUUUCCUGUAUUAUUUAAUUUAAAAAAGAAGAAGAGGUUCACCUUUUUUAAAUUUUAUUUUAAACACUUAUGGGCAUUUUAAUGUUCCUCUUGUCCCUUUUCGCUGUUGGUUUCCUUCGGCACAAAGAUCAGUAAGUAGUUAUAGAUUUUCACCCUACUCUCCCACUGGUUGACCGGCAACCCCAUCCCGUAGGAUUGGCUGAUAGGAAAGCUAAGGAGGGCACUCACUGCUCGUCUCUUCCCCUUCCCUGUCUCAAGAAGAAUAGUGAAGAGUAGGAAACUACGCGUUUCUGCAUCCUCUCUGAUGAUCGUUUCAUCACCCCUAUCGGGCUGUGGCCUCUACCCCGGUCGUCGGACCCUGCCCCUUGACCCAGCACAGCCGUGCGUCCUUCUCUCAUCUUGAAUCAGGUCCUUGCCAGGUGGAACAGGAAAGAUGAUCUUUCUGGGCAUCCUUUCCAUUUGGUUUGACCCCUAUGUGUUGCCCACUGGGCUCAGGCUUUACCCUUUGGAAAGAUGACAGUCUGCCCUGAUCGGAUAGACCUACUGCAGCCUGGUUUCUAUGUUACAAUAAAAAUCAGUCAUCCCAACCAC